GUAGCUUCUAGCGGGCCCUCCCUCUCCCUCCCACCUCACCCCAUCCUCUUGGGCCUUAAGCCUCGGGAUCUCCCGGCCGCGGAACGAAACCCACACUGGAUGACUAGGUUUCUCUUCUCACUCUCUUUCCCCCUUUCCUCCUCUUGUCCUUCCCUUUCCUUUCCUUCCUGGACUCUCCUCGCUUGAUCGGAGCGGAAACCUCCCUCCCCUUUCUCCUCCUCCUCCAACUACUUCCCCCCUCCCCUUCCCAAAACAGCCACUGUAAUAAAUUCCUUGGGGAAUUGGAGCUUCUGCCGCCGCCGACCUUUUCGUGGGGGACUCGGGACCUCUGUCCGGGGGGGACGUGUGCAAGCAGGAGAGAGAAGAUACAACAAACUCAACAACAAAACCCUCAUCUCAGGUACACAGUUUGCAGCUAUGCCACGGUAGUGCUGUGUUGGGUAUGGACACCUCUUCCCCUACAUGGAGGAUCAGCCCAGCUAGAGAAGUCCCCAAACCACACGACUGCUGAGGUGACUCUGAGAUAAGGCGACAGCUGUCUUCGGCCACAUAGCCAUGCCAUUUGGGCUGAAACUUCGCCGGACACGGCGCUACAAUGUCUUAAGCAAGAAUUGCUUUGUCACCCGCAUCCGCCUGUUGGACAGCAAUGUGAUAGAAUGUACACUGUCGGUGGAAAGCACAGGGCAAGAGUGUCUGGAGGCCGUGGCUCAGAGACUGGAGCUCCGAGAGACACACUAUUUUGGCCUCUGGUUUCUUAGCAAGAGCCAGCAAGCACGAUGGGUGGAGCUGGAAAAACCUCUGAAGAAGCAGCUGGACAAAUUCGCCAACGAGCCUUUGCUAUUUUUUGGAGUCAUGUUCUAUGUGCCAAAUGUGUCACAGCUUCAGCAGGAGGCCACAAGGUAUCAGUAUUACCUACAAGUCAAAAAAGAUGUCUUGGAUGGGCGUUUGCGAUCUUCCCUGGAACAGGGAGUCCGACUUGCUGGUUUAGCUGUACAAGCUGAUUUUGGGGACUACAGUCAAUUUGAAUCUCAAGAUUUCCUUCGAGAAUAUGUGUUAUUUCCUAUGGACUUGCCAUUAGAAGAAGCUGUCCUGGAGGAGCUAACCCAGAAAGUGGCCCAGGAACAUAAAGCACACAGUGGAAUCCUGCCAGCGGAAGCUGAACUCAUGUAUAUCAAUGAAGUGGAACGUUUGGAUGGGUUUGGACAGGAAAGCUUCCCUGUGAAGGAUAAUCAUGGAAACAAUGUACACCUGGGUGUUUUCUUCAUGGGAAUUUUUGUGAGGAACAGAAUUGGAAGGCAACUGUCAAUACACAGGUGGAAUGAUAUUGGCAACAUCACACAUAACAAGUCUACCAUCCUAUUGGAGCUAAUCAACAAAGAAGAGACGGCCCUCUUUCACACAGAUGAUAUUGAAAAUGCCAAAUACAUUUCUCGGUUGUUUGCUACAAGACACAAGUUUUACAAGCAGAACAAAAUCUGUACUGAACAAUCAAGUUCUCCUCCUCCUAUCAGAAGGCAACCUACCUGGAGCCGGUCAUCACUGCCAAGACAACAGCCAUAUAUCUUGCCUCCCAUGCAUGUCCAAUGUGGAGAACACUACACUGAAACUCACACUUCCCAAGACAGCAUUUUCCAUGGGAAUGAAGAAGCCUUCUACUGCAGAUCCCAGACCAGCUUGGACCGGUGUGCAAUGGAUUUAAGUUACUUAAAUGGUACUGUUACAAAUGGCAGUGUUUGUAGUGCCCAUAGUGGGAACUCCCUCAAUUGCUCCCAGAACUUCAUCCAGGCUUCUCCAGUGUCAUCCAAUCUCAGCAUCCCAGGGAGUGACAUCAUGCGGGCUGACUAUAUCCCUAGCCACCGACACAGCGCAAUCAUUGUCCCAUCGUACCGACCAACUCCUGAUUAUGAAACAGUGAUGCGGCAGAUGAAGAGGGGAGUUAUGCCUGUGGACAGUCAGAGCCAAUCUCUUAGGAAUCUCAACAUCGGUAACACUCAUGCUUACAAUCAGCCAGAGGACCUGGUUUACAGUCAGCCCGAGAUAAGGGAGAGACACCCUUAUACUGUUCCUUAUGUGCCUCACGGAGGGUACAACAAACCUGUCGGCCGGGCUGACCAGAUCAAACCAAGUAGUAAGACUGUGCACGGUAAGAAGGUACCCAGUGCCAUAUCCCAUACAGUGAGCACUCCGGAGCUGGCCAACAUGCAACUGCAAAAUAACCACAGUUACAACACAGCUCAUAUGCUCAAGAACUAUCUCUUCAGGCCACCACCCCCCUACCCUCGGCCCCGCCCUGCCACCAGCACGCCAGAUCUCGCCAGCCACCGACACAGAUAUGUCAGUGGUAGCAGCCCCGAUCUGGUCACACGGAAGGUCCAGUUGUCAGUGAAGACUUUCCAAGAGGACAGCUCACCGGUGGUACACCAGUCACUCCAAGAGGUCAGCGAGCCCCUGACGGCCAACAAGCGCCAUGGCAAUGUAAAUAAGCGCCACAGCCUCGAAGUGAUCAGCAACAUGGUGCGGGGCAUUGAAGCUAUGGCCCUGAAGACACUGAAUGCCCCAAUACCCCGUCGUAAUACCCUUCGUGAGCAGGUGCAACAAGAGGAGGUGCCGAUGAGCCACGAUGCCCAGCAGCAGCUCCCCCACUUCCAUCACAAGAAGACCUCCUCUGAUGCCACAAUGCUAAUCCAUAGUAGUGAGAGUGAAGAGGAAGAAGAGACUCCCGAAGCAGUCCCCCACAUCCCUGCACUCCGUGAGAAUGUGAGGUACAGUGCCCAGUUGCAAGCUGCUUUGGCCCGUAUCCCUAACAAACCACCCCCUGAGUAUCCAGGACCAAGAAAGAGUAUCAGCAAUGGAGCCUUGAGACAAGAUCCAGUGAACAUCUCUUCAGUCAUUGCAAGAACCAGGGUCAUGAGGCCAGGACCCCCUAAAGCCAUUAGCGUAUCUCGACCUGACCAGCUCACGAUCAAUGGGUCCUCUCUUGGACCGUCAAUCUCAGAACCAGACCUCACAAGUGUAAAGGAACGGGUAAAGAAAGAACCGGUGAAGGAGAGACCAGUUUCUGAAAUGUUUUCUCUAGAGGACAGCAUUAUAGAGAGAGAAAUGAUGAUCAGAAAUCUGGAGAAGCAGAAGAUGGCAGGCUUGGAGGCUCAGAAGAGGCCACUCAUGCUGGCGGCAUUGAAUGGGCUUUCAGUGGCCCGGGUACCAGGGCGUGAAGUUAGUCAAGAUGACGCAUCUCGGAUGACAAUGGAUGACAGGUUUAGAACCCUGAAGAAGAAGUUGGAAGAGGGAUUGGUGUUUACAGAAUAUGAGCAAAUUCCAAAGAAGAAACCAGAUGGUGUUUUCACUACUGCCACACUCCCAGAAAAUGCUGAGCGAAGCCGAAUUCGUGAGGUGGUCCCCUAUGAGGAAAAUCGUGUUGGGCUGGUACCAACUAAAGAAAACAGCACUGGGUAUAUUAAUGCCUCCCAUAUCAAGGUAGCUGUUGCUGGAGAACAAUGGCAUUAUAUAGCAACUCAAGGUCCACUGCCCCAUACCUGCCAUGACUUCUGGCAGAUGGUGUGGGAGCAAGGGGUGAAUGUGAUUGCCAUGGUCACAGCAGAAGAGGAAAGCGGAAGAACCAAGAGCCAUCGGUACUGGCCCAAACUGGGCUCUAAGCACAGCUCAGCCACCUAUGGCAAGUUCAAGGUGACCACAAAGUUCCGAACUGAUUCUGGUUGCUAUGCUACCACAGGUCUGAAGGUCAAGCAUCUUUUGUCUGGGCAGGAGAGGACAGUGUGGCACUUGCAAUAUACAGACUGGCCAGAUCAUGGUUGUCCAGAGGAUGUCCAAGGCUUUUUAUCAUAUUUGGAGGAGAUACAGUCAGUGCGUCGCCAUACCAACAGCAUGUUGGAUAAUACCAAGAAUUGCAACCCUCCUAUUGUAGUUCACUGCAGUGCUGGUGUGGGUAGAACAGGGGUGGUCAUUCUCACCGAACUGAUGAUAUGCUGCUUGGAGCACAAUGAAAAGGUGGAUGUGCCUAUGAUGUUGAGACACCUGAGGGAGCAGAGAAUGUUCAUGAUCCAGACCAUUGCUCAAUACAAGUUUGUCUACCAGGUCCUUAUCCAGUUUCUCCAAAACUCCAGACUCAUUUAAUUUCUCAUAAGAUCCAGCUCCUUGUGGAGAUGGGUCCUACAGAACCUUGUGGAGUGAAAAGGCCUCCAGACAACAUCUGGUCAGCCAGUAUGGGCAGAUGGCUGGCAGAGAGCACACCCCAAUCUCGCCAAAGUUAGGAGCUCAGCAUGCGAGAUCAUCAUGGAUUAUUUUAUAUGAGAUAAUUUAUUUUUUCCCAUUGGAAUAACUUUUGUGAAUUUCUGUAAUAUCUUGUUGCACCAUUUAUAAUGACUUUGUGUUGAACCACAUUUUGACUGAUCUGCAUUGUGACUUCUUUGUGGGGAAGAUUGUUUGCUAUCACCUUAGGGAUUGAGGCUUAAGGUAGGAAGCACAUCUCAUUUGUAGUCAGAUUUCUAACAAAUCUUAUAAUUCGUCAUCAGUUACAAUUGUUCACAUAUGAAGAAGGCAAAGGAAUGAUUGCUUCACACACACACACACACACACACACACACACACACAAAACAAAUAACAACAACAAAAAAUCAAGGAAAAGCCUAGAGAGUGAUUUCAUUGAGUAUUUUUGCUUCUUAGACUUGCUAGAUUCUUCUUUCCCUUCUAAUCCUCUUUCCAUUACUCUCAUUAGCCUCUCAGUUUCUGAGGUUAAGUUUGGGAAACCAGGGGGAAAAAUGCUUGCUCUUAGUUUGAGCAUUACAAACUCUCAAGCUGGAUAUAGUGCACUUGUCUCAACCACCCACAAUUCUGAGAUUAGUAUUCUGAGUUUCCCUCCCAGGGACAAUGGUUCUUGUAGUUGCUUCCUUUGGUGGGUUCAUUUGAUGAGCCCAGUGGCCUUUGGGGCAUUUUGCCAACCCCAUCUGUUCAGUCAGGCUAGCUGCCUGAUUGAUAUCAGCUGAUGGACCAAAGUGGAAAGGGAACAGAGUGGGAAGGUACUUGACAUUUUUCGUUAUUUAAAUGUGGUGGAUAGGUGCCCGGUGGGCUAGGUGAUAGGUGCAGUUAGUCUAUCCAUCAGUCCAUCAAUAAGUUAUUGGAAAUGUUGCAAAGAAAACAGUUGGGCAAUCUGAUUUAUAGGAGCUCUUUGGCACUCAUGUAUCCAGUACCUUGGCAGGAACCCCCCAAAAAGCUUAACCACAGUAUGCGUUAGUCAUCUUUAUCUUUCAAUGACCUAUAAGGACAAAAGCCAGGACUGCCAUAACCUAAGAGUUAGUCCAGGUCCACUGCCUGUCCUUUCUUGGAAAUCAUAACCAUGAAUUCUUCACUUAGCACAAGUUAGCUCCAUUACCAACCACCCCUAUCCUGAGAUCCAUUUGGCAUUCUGUUUUAUCAGUUGUACCAUCACUACCCUUGGAACUUUCUUGCAUUAGUAUAUUGUGUUUCAUAUUGUUUACUCCUGGCAUGGAUUUAAUUCAGUGCUUGACUAGACUUGUCUCUGAUGCUCCAAUUCUUUUAGGAGACAGCCAUAUUGCAGUGCCUUUACAAAAAAAAAAUCUGUGAGUCCUUGAUUGAUAUUGGUAUUGUGUUGCUAUUGGUAUUCUUUUUCAUUAUGUGCACUUGCUGUUCCUUACUGUAUAUUUUGCCCUGGUCUGAAGGUGAACAGAAGGAAUGCCUCCAGAACAGUCAGAGGUAUGAUCACCUUUAUGAAUUCAUUGUCCUAUGGUAGGAACUAAGAGUAGACCCUUAGAAAUCAGAUCAGAAUAGGAAUUGUUAUUCUUGUCUAUAUAGUGAUUUGCAUCUGGCCAUAUGUGGCAACUUCAUUUAUGUUUAUUUCAUUUCCAGUUGAUUGAUUUGUAAAUAAGAAAAUGUGGCGUUAUAAAACUCUUCCUCCUCUCCCGAGAAGGACCAGGGUUACUGAAAAAUGUUGAUUCAUGUAAGCUUUGCUGGAUUCUGGGAAUCUUAGCCUGUGUGCUCCCAAAUCAAAGCCGUAAGUAUUAAAUGUAGUAUAGAAAGAGCACACAUUGAUUUUCCCAGUGGACAAGGCUUUAGAACUAGAUAAUAUAUUUGAGAGGUUGUUUUUUUUUUUAUUUUUACAUUGCUUCAAUGUAUGAUGAUGAGAACAUUUUAAAAUUUAAGUUUGUUCCCUGAAGGAUACCCAGAACUUGUUUACAUGGCGUCUCAAUUGGGUCCUUCUCCCCCUCCUUUCAAAAUUAGCUCCAUUCCCAUGAGCUUCACUUAAAUUAGUCCAUGGGAGCCACAUUGAGCUCUGCUAAUAGUCUUCAGUGCAUCAAAUGGAGGAAGAGAUAAUCACAAACUUUGUGGGUGGUGUUUACAUAAAAUAUCAAACCCAAAGGAAUUUUUAAAAAAACAAAAAACUAUUCUAUAGAUUUUGUACAUAUUUUUUUUUAAAAAAUGCCUUUGGUCCUUGAGCACAUUUUGCUUUUCUUUUCAGCUUUCCAGCAAAUGCCAACACAUCUCUUGUUAAAUUAGUGGCAACCGUUUAAAGUCCUUUUUGUGGCAUCUGCAUAAUAAUUGCCCAGAGAUGCUUUAUAUCUGGGAAGCAGGCCAAGGAAUAAACCUUGAAGCAAAGUGUAUUAAAUUAGUUAUCUAGUUAGAGCUUUUGGAAUAAUUUCCUGAUGAUGUAUCAAGUUUGAACCUCGAGCUGUCGGGUUCUAUUGCUGCAGUUUGGAUUUGAAAGGGAGAGAAUUAAAUGAGGGGUGGGGGGCAGGAGGUAGCGGCACUGAUCUCCAGAUUCAGAGCUUUCUGGUGGAAAUGUUUGUUUCUUCCGCAGGGAAAGCCUUACUUGUUCAGACAGAUUUAAAUGAAACAACAUGAUCCGUAAUCCCCACAUUGAAAAAGGAAAAAUUAAGCUAGAUAUCUAGAUAGUUAUAAGAUUUAUAUGUACAAUGUAUAAUCAUAGAAUGGAAGGAAGGGAAAAUGUUCAUUGUUGACUAUCCCAUAUACAUUCUUAACUGACAGCAGGCUCCCUGAGAAAAUAAAAGGAAAGUGAGAUAACUGAUGACUAGUAUGUUUAGACUCUCCCAAGGCCUCUUUCCUUUUCCCAGAUGUUUUGCUUUCAUUAUAAUCUUACCAUUUUUGGCCUUUGCAUCUUUUUCUCUUCCUCUGUGUAGAAGCCUGGUGUUGCAUAUAGAUGUCAGGAAAAUCUAGAGAAAUAGCAAACUCACUGCUAUCUUACAGCUGCCACUGUUGAGUUUCCUGGGCCAAAUUUACUAGAGUUGAUUAAGUUACUGAAAGCAGAUUUCCUGCACAAUAGGGAGAGACUGGAAAAGUCACUUUCUCCUCUUUACUUUCAUUGUACUAUAUGUGCAAACUUGUAAUCUUAAGAAACAGCACCUUAAUUUUUGCCCAAAGUUUAUGUUAAAAUGAUUGCCCCUUAUCAUGUUAUAGCCUUAAUUUUUCAAAGUUGUCUUCCAGCCCAGUCAACAUAUGGACUUUAAACAGAGCCAGAGUAGGUGACUAUGUCACAUUCCUUUUCAUUCAGAUCAUGUGGCUUACAUCUUAGAAAUAAACUGUUUUUAACCAUGUUUUCCUGUAAUUUAUAAGUUUUUGAAAUAGUGCUUGGCACAUACUAGGUGCUUAACUAGUUGACUGACAUGGGAAAUGACUAAAACUUCUUCAAGGAACAGAGGAGAGAAGGUUUUUAGAUAAAGGGAACAAUCAAAGAGGAAGAAUAUCCAUUCAUUUAACAUAUAGUUUUUAAGGUCCUACUGUGUGUUAGUCAGUGAUGUAGGCACCAGGUCUACAAAAACAGAAUGAAAUAGUAGUUGUUUUCAGGGAGCUUAUAUUCUAGUAUAUGCAAAUUUUAGCACAGUCACAUAAAUUACUGUUCAUUCAUUCACAAUCACACGACACAGUGUUCACAGUUGCUAUGCAGUAAGUACUUGUGGAAUGAAUGAAGUUUACUGAAGGCUAGAAGCUUAAGAUCUGUUCUAGUUCUAACAAUUCUUUCAGUCUACCAGGCCUCGCUAUCCUCUCAGUUCUUAGAGUUUAUUAAUAACAACUACUAUCCUUGUUAUUCUCUGUCAGGUCAUUUAAAGACACUGUCAUGCUUAUCAUGAUUCCCUAGCCAGUCAGGUUAAGGAGCAGAUAAGGUUAUUCUUACAACCAACUCAUGACAAGACUUAUGGGGAAGUUGAUCAAUGUCCUAUUAGAAUUAAGUUAAUUUCAAAGGAAAUGUCAUGCUUAACUAGUGUGUGUGUGUGUGUGUGUGUGUGUGUGUGUGUGUGUGUGUGUGUGUGUGUGUGUAUUACUUGGAAUCCAGAUCUUCAGUGUUUUCUGUGACAGUGAUCAGCACCAUGCUGCUUUAACAUGCUGCUGGGGGAAGGUUAAUCAGAGAAGGUGAGGUAGACAGAGCAAAAUAUAGAAGCUGAAAUACUUCUACAUGGAUUCUGUUCAGUACUGCCCAUUCAAUACAUUUAAUAGGUAGUGAUAGGAAGAAUUGAGAAUUGGAUAGAACUUCAGGUUUUUUUUGUUUGUUUGUUUGUUUUUGGCUUAGAGAAUCUUCUUGAAGGAGAAAGCUUUUUACCCAAACUUGGAGUCCUUUGAUUUUUUUUCUCUGUAAAAUGGGGGAGUGGGUACAGCUAACCUCCAAGGUACCUUCCAUCUCUAACUUUCUAUGAGUCAACUCCAUCUUCCUCUUCUAUCUUAUUGAAUAGUUUGCCACUUACCCAAUAGUGACUGACUCUCUCAUGGUGUUUCUACUAUUUCACUGAAAGGUUGCUUAAUAUUGACUUAACUUUUAUUGCAGUUUCUUUUGUUUCUUGGGCUUCACAGAAAUAAAAGCUCAGUUGUGUUCAAUGAUGACUUUUUAAAAAAUCUGGACCAUAUCUUUUUUGCACAGAGAGGAGUAAGGGGAGAAAAAUGGACCCAUGAAUUGACUUCACGAAACUGUGGAAACUCCCUCCUCAGCAAGGCAAUCUGCAACUCAUCUGUUACUUAGAAUCUUACAGAAUUCCCUGGGGGCAAUGACCCUGGUAUAUAUAGCUAGUAUAUAUCAGAGGUAAAACUUGAACCUAGGUCUUCAUUCCAAGUCUGGCCCUCCAGCUAUAUCUCCACUGCCUCUUAAACUUUUCUUAGAUCAGUGUUUUAGGUCUUUCCAAAAUUAACUAUUUCUCUUUUCUUUCUUGAGGCUGGAUUUUACAUUAGAUGAGUAUAUGCAAAUUGUCAUCAUUAUUAGCAGUAGCAGCAGCAACAGGACCUUCUUACUCAUACUUUCCUUUCAAUAGCCCUGUGAGUUAAGCAGUGCAAGGAUUAUUACCCCCAAUUUACAGAUGAGGAAACCAAGGCUCAAUUCAAGCCAACCCAAUAAGCAUUUAUUAAUUGCAUGGAGAGAUGCAUCAUAGAGUACUGGAUAGAAUUCACCUGUCAGUCCACAAAAUCUGAGUUCAGGUCUCAGACAAAUUUUUAUGACUGUCAGUUGCAGGACUGUUGUUCAUGUUCACUGGUAGGGGGAGUUUCCAUACUAGGAUUUUUUUCUAUGCCAUUGAAAUUAUAGGUCUAGACUAAAAAAAAUAAAAAAAAAUUCAAGGCACUGUGAUUAGAGUUGUUAAAAUGACUGGCUCAGAUUCACCUUGUGGCUCUGAAGAACUUAGAUUCAUACUCAGCCUUCACUAGCUUCUGAAGCCAGCCUUACUCUACUAUCCUGUCUUGUUUCCAUGAACCAUCACUCUCCAGAUGAGUGCUAGUAAUCACUGAGACAUAGUUAUAGGUCAGUACCCACUACGACAAACACUACAGGUGAAUGGUUUCUAUCUCUUUGUUACAGUGUGACUUUUGUUCCAUGAAGACAUCUCUUCGAACAUCAAAGUGUUUUUGUUAUAUAGAGGGUCUUGCAGCAAUCAUGAUCGAUCAAGCAAGAUUUUGUACAUCAGUGGGCAGGCCUGUUGACGCUCCUAACAGUCCCCCUUUCCUGAAAUACAGUCCUGACCACCUAACCUCAGUAAAUAGGAGGAUCCUGCUGGCCCCUCUAGCCAGAAAAACAAAAUUUGCCUUUUGAUCUGCUUCUUUGAUACAGUGCUAGGAAAAGCAGGUGUAACCAUUUCCAUUCUCUUUAAGGAGAAACAAAAAUCUUUUUCAGGGCAUGCUAGAACUAGUCUGUGUUAGGGAGGUUCCUGUUGGGGAAGGGGAGUGGUUCACUCUGCUUGGAGAAUGUUGUUCUCGGCCCCAUCUUGGUGUCCUUCAAUGCUAGCGAAUGCCUCCCUGGGGUGGUAUAGGUCAGAAGGGCAAUGCGGGCAUUGUAAACAUCAACCUGAAUGUCUUUUGUGAGAUACCAAACCAUAUUGGGCCCUCCUGGGAACUCUGUGGGAUCUUGGCUGCUCCCCACUUUGCAGAUCGUGACUCCUGCUGUACUUUUAAUGAAUUUUAUUAAGCACAAGUAACCUUCAGUUUUCAGAUUUUUCCUGAAUUAGCACUAAAACCAUUGACAGCAAAGGGGAGAAAAUUGGGGCAUCUUCCCAUUAAACUUGCUAAUGCACAUAAGGUUAAGAGUGAAAAUACCUUAUCUGGAUGGGUGAAAGUGGUUAGUCCCUCCAAGAUUUUUUCCCCCUUCAGGCUGACAUUUCAUCUGUAGCAUUUUUAAAGAUACCAAAACAUUGUUUAUUUAAUUCUGCCCCACUCCUUGCUGACAAGAGGCCUAGAGAUACUCCUGUAGAAACAGUAAUGUGGAGUCAAAAUGGGAGAGUAUGACAUUUUCUGAAGAAUGAAUAAGAAAGACACUGAUUUUAUAACAUUUAUAUAGUGCUUUAACAAUUUGUAAAGUAUUUUUUACAUAUACUAUCUCAUUUUGUCUUUAUGACAACCUUGAUAUGUAGGUGCUGUUAUAGAGACUGAGUGGCUUGCUCAGGGUUACACUAUUAGUAAGCGUCUAAGGCAGGAUUUUAACUUGCCUUCUUAUUGAGGAAUCACACUAUUCAAGUGUUUUACCUUCUUUUAAGGCCAAUUACUGAGUAAAUCUGGAGUUAGCAUCUAUGACAAAAUGCUAUUUCCCAGUUAUAGUUUUUCUUUAUGUUGAAGAAAUUUCUUGGACUUUGGCAUUAAGCAUUAGGCAUAGCUCUCUGCUUCCAUUUCCUCAGACUAAGGACUUUUUUUUUUUGCUUGGAGAGGAAAACACAAACAUCCAUCCCACAUAGUUUAGAAUUUCAGUUAACUCAGUUACUUUAAAAAUAAUCCAAGAUUGCUGUUAUACCACUUGAGGGCCAGGAUUGAUCUGUAACUGUUCCUGUUCCUGCUCUGAAUGCAAGUGCCUUUGGCUGUGUCCAAUAAAAAGCCAUAGCUGAUACUAUCUUCAGUCUACCAAAGUCACACUUUCAAAAUUUCUUUGUAAAUUUCCCAGUGUGAUGGUUCAUGUGGUUAGUUUUAGGUAGGGGAGACUGGGAAGAUGGAGAAACAAUGGUUGAACCUCAUUCUGAAGAUAGUUUCCAAAGCAUUUACUUUCACGUGUUUUUGCUGUCACUGGAUAAUUCAUUCAUAAGCUGAUUGCACACUCCCCAGUGAGAGAACAAGUACUCGGUGGGCAGGGACUACUGGGAGCUAAGAUUGUACCUCUGCAUUGGCAUCUGUUUUCAUUUUUUAGUAUUACUUUUAUUCCAUUUUUAUACAAAGUAGAGAUUUGAAUGAUGUAAACUGCCAGAUUGGAUAGUUCAUAUCCACAGUGGGUUUUUAGGUUUAAAUUUUUCUGUCUUUCUCCAUCAAUCAGUUGCACUAAGAUCACUCUCUGCUUUGUUUUGUGCUGUGGAAAUAGAAUUUUAUUUGCCUGAACCCAAUUUACUGUGGACUAUGCCUAUUUUCAUGGUAGGCUUCGUACUAAUAAUAAUUAGUAAUAAUUUCAUAGACUUAGUCUUUUCUUUCCCUAGGAUCAUGAAGGUAUAGCCACUGUCAUCUCCUCUGAAUAAAAACCAUUCUUAUGAUGGAGAAUGUAAAACCUAACCAGUGAUUGUCUGAAUAUAGUGACCAAAUGAACAAACUGUCUCAGGCAGGUUGAGGGUGAGAGAUGGGCAGAACUGCUAUAUUAUUGUCAUCAUCAUCAUCAAAAAACCAUAAUUUCAUUAAGUGACAUAGUAAUUAUCCAUUAAUUACAUAAACUGAACACGCUGUAGCUUUUAUUUAUGAAAGCUCACCUAUAUGGCUCAAUAAUUGCAAAAUGAUACAGUUUAUGAAUAGGAAAAUAGUCAUCUAAAAUCCCUAAUGUGUUCCCACCGAUUGACUGACUAGCUCUAGGUCUUUUUUUUUUUUUAAUAGACAAGCUAACUUAGUUUCAGGGGAUAGCCCAGUUUUAUAUGGUCUCCCAAAUAAAAUCUUGCUUUUACAACUGCCUUUACCUCACAGCAAUGGUAAAAAAUAUCUAGAUAACUGAUAGGACUUAAUAAUAGCUCAGGAAUGUGAAGUUACACUUUUGUUUCCCUGUUGAUGGAGAUCAGUGCCUGACUGCUUAAGUUCUGCUCACCAUCUGACGACCUAAGCAAAACUGUUGGCCCAGUUGCUACUAAGGGUUUGGUGCUGCUAUUUAGGAAGUAUUUUGUAGUAAUUAGUCAAAGGUUGACUUCCCAUAGGAUCACUGUGGCUAUGGCCAGCAUUAUAACAUUUAUAAUUGGAAACAGAACUUUUGAAAACUAAUCUCUAAUCUUCCUGUGCUGAGACACGUUUGCCUUAAAGACUCUUUGCACAGAUUACUUUUUUUCCCAUCCAUGAAGCUGAAUGAAUUAUAACUCCUUCCUAAUAUCCACCAAGCCCAUAGAACCCUAACCAGGUUGAAGUUGACCAACUCACAAUGGUGUGGGAAAGGUGGUCAAACAAAGAGGGUGGAUAUCCAAUCAAGGCUUAAUAGCCUCUGAUGUUAUGUCAGGGUUCUCUCUCAUUCUCUCUCUUCUACCCCCCCCCACAAUGCCCCACUGCUAUCUGUCUUACCCAACUGACAAGUCAUAGAGACCUCUGAAAACCUUCUACAUACCUACCCAUAGAACUCAUUAAAAUAACAUUGUCCCCAUCUAGACAAGGAAAUCAUUCUUGUUCCCUGUCUCUUAUUAUUUAUUUUCUUGCUUUUUUUCUGUAGUCUUACAUACCUAGUAAUCCUCAUGCUUUGGUUAUGGGGUAGUUUUCAUUGGAGAGGAUGCUCUAUAGGCAAGCCUUGCUUCCUAAAUAGCGAAAUAUUAUUAGAUGGUUAGAUACUUAAAAAGGAAAAGAAGUUUACACAUGCAGAUGACUAACUCCGUAACUAUAUGUAAUUUGUAUUAUACCAAAUAACUUGCUGUUAGCUUUAUGUCACUGGAUUUUAUUGUCCUGUUUUUACUUUAGUAUCCAGAUGUUUCCAUUGGUCUGUUUCUAUCAAACACUGUAACAAAGUAGAAUAAUUCAAGGCAAAUGGAGAUUUAAUAGUAUUUUGUUUUGAUACUAUGUACAGGUAGUUCCUAGCUGACAACAAUUCUUAAGAGUUCACUUGUAAGUGGGUUGUUUGGAACUCAAAGCACAAUUUGCUCGCCAGCCAGGCCACAGCACCUUAUUUUACCCAUGAUUUAAGUGAAAAACAGUACUGGUACAGUUACAUUUAAGAGGCCUGGGAAAUAUAACACUUUCUCCUGGAGACAGUGGAAUUUGGAAUGUUGAAUACAUGGUUUUUAGUCACUUCUUCUAUUCCUCCCAUUGUUAGCUGAGACUUUCUGUCCAUCAAGAAACGAGUCUCCUUUGGCCUCUCCCCUUAGCAGCAGCCACUGUUCAUAUGGCAAGAGAGGAACACAAUAGCUAUGGGAAUAUAGUACUUCAGGGUUUACAUAGUGCUUUUCUCACAACCACCUUAGGAGGUAGGUAGUAUGGGCAUUAUUAUUAUCAUCUCCAAAGGGAAACUGAGGCUCAGAAAAUUUAAAUUAUUUGCUUACAGUGUCGGAGCUGGAACCCAAAACAAAAGUAUUCUAAGGCAAUACAGUGGGAAAGGGAACUGGAUUUUUCAGAACUUAUUUCAAAUCCUGAUUCUGCCACUUAAUAAAUGUCAUCUUGGGCAUAUUGCUCCUUUGCACCUAUUUUCUCAUCUGAAAAAAUGGAGAUAACAGGUGUCCUGCCCACCUUCCAUGGUUGGUUGUGAAGGUUAUGUGAGAAAGAAUGUAUGUGAAGGAACCUUGAGAAUCAUAAAGGUUACAAAUGUCAAUUAUCAUUGUGAUUAUUAUUGGAAACGUUUCUUGUUCUCUUGGUGUUGAGAUCUCCCCCAUUCCUGCACAUAUGCAGCUUGAGAGGCUGGCCAGCUAUCUGUAUAUACAUCUGUAAGUCAGGGAAUAUCACUAUAUGUAUAGACGUCAUUAUUAAUUUGGUAUGAACAUCAAUCAUACCAGGUUUAUAAUAUUGAAAGCCUUUAAAAUAAAACAAAAACUAUGCAUGCUAUUGUUGUAUUCAUCAGUAAAUAAGCUUAUGCUCGCCAGUUUUAUCCUGUGUAUAAAACUGACUACUUUUGACAGUAUUUUUUGCACUGUUUCCUUUCUUUCUGUUUUUAUAAAAUUUUGUCCAUCAUUAAUAACCUAGGAUACUGUUUUACGGUGCUCACUGCCUUGUUGUAAAUAGUUUCGUAUAUGCCUUUUCAAAUGUGAGACUUUAUACUCGUUUUGUUUUUGUUUUUGAAAAGAUGCCUAUUCUUCAUAUUCAGAUGUAAUA